GCCUAGAUGUUUGGCGUAUGUUGUAACAUGAAAAGUUGGAUAGGUUCGUCUGGUCUUGUCUGCGGUCAUGAUAAUCAAUGAGUAAUUUCAUCUCAAUGAUUCCCUAAACAAUUCUACAUGAGUGUUGUUACGAUGUCCGAAAGGGAUUUAGAGUCUGAGCAGGAAGUUCCAGACGCCCCAAUUGGCCUAAGUGUUCCACCUUUAGAACAACUCGCACCCUACAGUCCUUGGGAAACCUCCACAGCGUUCUCUAAAAGACGGCAGACUCUAGCAGUGUUCAUUGUGACCAUUGCCAGUAUCCUGAAUGGAACCAGUAUCGGAUAUUCCGGUCCGGCUGUUCCGCUGCUGCUGAAUCCAGUUUCCACCAAUAUCUAUGGAGGUUUUCUCACUCUAGACGUCCAAGACGUGUCAUGGAUAACGGCAAUAAUGAGCCUCGGAUGCUUCUUUGGGUGCAUUGUAUCGGGUCCAAUUAUGGACAAGAUCGGCCGAAAACCCACCCUUAUGCUUGUCACCACCGGGCUCUUUGUGUUGGGCUACCUACUAAUCUUUCUCGCCCCGAAUAUUGGCACGCUUCUUGCCGGAAGAUUCUUUACUGGAUCAGGUUUGGGAUUUGCCAUUGCCUCUAGCACGGUCUACUUGGUCGAAGUCACCUCUUCCGACAUGAGAGGCGUUUUGGGGUGUUUUGUCCAGCUCCAGGGCACUCUUGGGGUUCUCUUCACUUUUGCAAUGGGCACCUUUUUGGAUUGGUAUUUCUUGGCCUUGGCUAACCUGUGCUUCGUGGCACCCCUGGUUAUUGGAAUGCUUUUCGUGCCCGAAACACCACGAUGGCUCAUCCUUCAAGGCCAGGAUGAAGAGGCCAAAGCGAGUUUGGAAUGGUUUCGAGGGCGAGAAAAUCAAGAGUUGAUCUUCCUCGAAAUCGAGAACAUCAAAUGCGGGAUCGAAUUCGGACAAAUGACUCGCGUGACUUUGGCCGAUUUGAAGGAGGCUUGGAAGCCUUCCGCUAUUUGCUUGGGUCUGAUGUUCUUGGCCCAAUUCUGCGGGCUGAGCACUCUCGUGUUUUACACGGUGAGCAUCUUCCAAUUGGCACGAUCAUCUUUGGACCCUCGGGUGGCUUCCGUUUUGGUUGGAAUCACCCUCUUUCUCUCCAGUUGUCUGACUCUUAUUGUCGUCCCCAAGUUUAAUCGACGAUUAAUCCUCCUGAUCUCGAUCUUGGGAAUGACCCUAGGCAUGAUUGUUCUGGGCAUUUGUUUGCAUUUCAUCGAGCAAACGCCUCCUGAUCAGCCCUUGACUUCGGUUUUGAAGUGGUUACCCGUGACUACGGUGAUCCUCGCCUUAUUCAUUGGCAAUGGCGGAUUCGGGACCUUGGUUUGGAUCGUCAUGGCCGAGAUCUUGCCGCCCAAAGUCCGCAGCUUGGUCACAUCCCUGAGCAUUUGUUUCGGUUUUCUUAUGGGCUUUGUGGUGAGCAAGACGUUUGUGGACUUGGCGGAGGCUAUCAAUAUAUCGGGCACAUUUUGGCUCUAUGGGGUGAUCAAUUUUCUAAGCAUGAUCGUGUUGGGUUGGGUUUUGCCCGAGACUCGAAAUCGGACCAUAGAGCAAAUUCAAAAGAAGUUCACGCGAUCUUACACGAAAUUCAUGGUCCCUCACCAAGAGGACUACGAGGAACUUGUGAGCUACUCAUAAAUCAUCCUGUAAUUGGACAUCAUAAGUACAUAACUUUGUUAGAAUAACAUUUCUAAAUGAGAAAUACAUAUCAAAUCGAUCUGGGAUUACUUUGCCUACAUACUGUACAACCCAAUCAAAUCCAAAGUUAAUUUUGCCUAAGCUUCUUAUCUCGCGUAUAAUCCGCAGCUGUAAAAUGAGUGUUACACUAAUUCGACCUCAAUAAUGGUGGCUCUUCAGGCAGUUUUCGUGCUUUUUAUCAACAUGGCCUUAACACAAGCUCUAGGCAUCAAUCACGAUGACUCCUCUCGUGCUUCAGACAACGAAGCCCCCUUUAUUGCCUUUCACAAGUUUCCCCAAUGCUUGGAAGACAGCGAUUGUUCUGGAUCCGGCGAUCUGUGCUGUCUGUUCCAAUGUUGUGUGAGUGGUCAAUGUUGUAUUCCUCAAGGAUGCUCGCUAAAAGGCUGCGAGUACUGAUACUGAAGAGAGGCCUUCUCAGCAAACCAUCAAUGAAACUGAAUGUCAUCGCUGAAAAGCUCUAUUGUGGCUUGGGAAUGAAGUCCAUUUUUGUAUGUUCAUACGAAAAGGCUCAAAAGAGAGAGAGGCGGGCAAUAAAGUAAACUAAGAAUGAGAAA